UGCGUCUCUGAGGAGCAUCAAGGCAUCUUCCACUCCGUCAACCUCAUCGACACCGUGUACCAGGAGGAGAAGUUAACUUUCUUCAGCAGUCUGAAAAAAAUGAGAACAGUAAAUGAGAAGCUGAUGGCUGAAAUCUCAAGUCAACCAAAUGAUAUGGAUAUGUUGCUGAACAACGAUGCAGAGAUAAUUGCACUGGAAUUUGGAGAAAUUUUCAAAACUCUGGAAACGAAGAAACGUCAUUUGCUAGAAGAUGUUGAAAAUCAAAGAAGUAAAAAAGAGAAAGAAUUUCAGAUUUGGAAAAAAAUGAAGGAAACUCACAGGAAGACUAUUGAGAAUUUUUUGAAGGAUUGUGAAAAGCUUGUCCAUGAGUGUGAUCCUCAGCGUUUCCUGGAGGUGGCCUGUGGCUUGAAUACAAGAAUGAAAACUCAACUUGACCUGAUGAAUAUAGCAUCCAGCUAUGAAAAACCACCAGAGUAUACUCAAAAGAAGCUGGAUAUCAAACCUGUAGUUAAUGAAAUCUUGGCUUUGAAGUUAUUGCCCAUUAAUGUAGGCGUUUCUAAAGAUCUACCUUCUGGAGGAAGUGAGAACUCAACUAAAAAUACCAUGUUUAAAAAUAAGGUAAAGCAGUGGCAGGACUGGAAAAAUACACCAAACAUAUUUCUUCCUGUAGUGGGACAGGAGGAAGCACUAGCAGAUGGUAGCCGGAUCUGUACUCGCUUCAUGUCAAUAUCAGAAAUGUCAGCGUUUCAAAACAUGAGUCACGAGGAGUUGCGCUACAAAUACUAUAUGGAACGUCAGAAGCUCACCAGUGAGUUCAAGACACAAACCUUACCUGCAAAUAGAAAAUAUAAAUUUUUACCUGCUGAGGCUUUGAAGGAAAUGGUACUGAAAAAACAGAAAAAGAGAAGAUGA